UGGCGCGAUUCGCCAAUCGGUGCGGACUCGUGUUCGCCCAGACUCCGGGGCUGGCGGGCGGCACCGGGCGCUGGUCCCCACCCUGCGUGAACUUCGGAAUUGGCCCAGGGACAGACUGGUGCCGUGACUAGAGAGAGCACUUCGACAGGAAACCUAGCUGGUUUGCCCCCAAUGAAGAUGCGUGCUCUGCCAGCCCUGGACGCACCCCGAACUGAGCGGCUCCCCGAGACCCCCCGGAACCUGGACGCGACGGAGCCGGCGCGCAGGAGCGCAGUGGAGAGGUUGGCGGCCGACCGUGCCAAGUAUGUGCAGGGCCGCCCCGGGGUCGGCCGGGGCCCGGCUUCCGAGGGCAGCAGCCCUGGGGCGAGCGAAGGGCCGGCGGGCAACCCUCAACCUCCAGCCCGCGUCCCCGGUGCGGUGGCGCGCAGGGCAAUAGCGCGGAAGCCGCUGAGGCCUGACUCGCUGGUCAUUUACCGGCAGAAAUGCGAGUUCGUGCGCGGACCCGGCGCUGACAACCUCAGGGGUGGCUUGGUGAAGAAGCUCUUCCAGGGGCCGGGCAAGGACAGGACACCGGCGCCCCACCAGACGUCCUCAGAGGGAGAGGAGGGCCAGGCCAGGGGCGAGGAGGCCGCCCUCACCAAGCCCGGCCCGGUAGCUGCCUCCGCGCCCCCGGCGCCCGCCGCACCCACCAGAGACCCAGCCGCGCCCCUGAGCCCGGAGCCCCGAGGGGUGAGGCGCCGGGGCCUGCACAGAUCGCAGUCGGACCUCAGCUCCCGCUUCUCCAUGUCGUUGGCAGAAAUGGACACUUUCUUCCAGUACUGUGGCCUGGAGCCCGAGGUGGUAGAGGCGCUCGGGAGGGAGAACUUCUCUGCGGGGUCGGACUGCCUCGCCCUCAGGGUCCGCAGCGUGAGCGUGGCCACCUCCGACAGCGGCUUCUCGCGGCACAGCGGCGGCGACGAGGGGCUGCAGGAGGAGGAGCUGACGGAGCAGGUGCCCAGCGCCCCGUCGGUCGUCGAGAGAAACGCCCGCAUCAUCCGCUGGCUGUACACCUGUAAGAAGGCCAAGGAGGCCCCCAGUCAGGGGCUGCAGGUUCUGGUGUGACCGCCUGUGCCCGGGGAGACCCGGACCCAAGCACUGUGAUGGCAGCACUGGCCUUACCAACAGUCACAGGAAGUGUCUUUACUGCCUCAGGAGUCGUUGGAGGCAAACACACAUUUUGAAAGUCCAGAAAAAGGCAUGCAAAGACAUGGAUAUUUGUUCUUUCAGAGAAACAAGAUGAAAGCUUGUCUUUACUAAGGCUACCAACUUCUUUUCAAAAUUUAAAGUGCAAACAGAUGUUUUAAAAUGCAGAAAAUGUCACAAAACCAAAGAUCGCAGGGAGCAGAUUUUGGAGCAUAACGUAUGGCCUGACAAUGUGUGCCUGGACAGGUGUGGAUUCUGCUUUUCCUUACACCCCAGGAAGCGAGGCUUUGUAUGUCAUGGAUGAUUUGGGACCCAGGGCCAUCUUCACUGUCGCAGGUGUUGUCCAGUGCGCCCCGGUGACCACACGACUGCUCCUUCUGCAGAAUGAAGAACCUCGCUGAAGAAGCUUGUCAUUUCAGAAGGUUGGAAAUGCUGCAGAGAAGACGGGACCCUAUAUCUUGGAAACCAGGACCGAGCGGAGUUACUGCUGUGAUGACACAGCCAAUGCUCCUGCGCCCGCGCCCUUGUUCCCAGAGGGAAGGGUCUUCAGGGGCGUCUUUCUGAGAGUCUGCUAAGAGGCCCCGUGAUGCGUUUUAACGGUGACUAUACUGAUUUCAGAAAGAAACAAAAGCAAAGCGGCCAGAAACCAAGAGUGCCAGGGUGUUUUCUGCCGCCAGUCACCGUGGACUGGCCAAGUGCUGGCCAGCACAGUAAACCCGCGUCACGCUGCGCCAUCCCACACGGAGCUCUGCUGCUCAGCAUCACGUCCCAGGGCAACUGGGCGUGUUUCACGACUCCGCACUUUUCAGGUCACCUCUAGGGUCAUUCCAUUAAUGCCACUACCAUGGGCUUGUGGACACGUGUACGAUUGAAAGAUCAGGUGGACUGACGUACCGCUGGGAACCACGUCUGCACGUGGACAGAGGCUUGUCCCCCUGCCAGCACGUCCUCCGCAGCACCAUUCACUGUGCGCCUCCCCGGCUCCUCGCAAGGGAGAGGGAAGCCUUGUCGCAGGCACCCCAGAUGCGCCCCAGCUCGCCCUUCUACGCACGCGGCCGCUGGAGACAGACAAGGCCCAGACUGUGGUUCCGAGUCAUGCACCCCAACUCUGAAGGGCAGGACUCUCGGAGUUAAACGAAUAGCUAGCAGGCAGACUCACAACCUUCCAGAGCAAUUUUGUAGCAGUGACGACGACCCAAAGAAACAUUGUCACCCGGUCAACUGUUUCACAGCUGUGUUUUAUCGAAUAUCUCUUCAGAGUCAAAAAUACAGAAGAACAUGGAGGGGAGAGAAAUGAGUGUCUCAAUGGUAAAAUAUUUUUCAACCAAUUCAAAUUGUUAUGUUUGUAUUUGUUUAAUAUUGUAUUUUCAUAACUUUUACUGUGAGAGUAGGUCUUUGAGCUACUUAAAUAUUUUUUAUUAAAAAAUAUUUAUUUUACACAGUCAUUGCUCUUCAAAUAAUUUGUCUUCACUUCAUGCAGUUUUAGCUUUAAAUGUAUCAUAUUAAAUUACUUGCUCCUUUCUCACUUUCUCUAUUUUCUCCUGGCGAUCUUUUUGUAUUUGUUAAUUGUAUUUUCAACCUGUGCCUGUAAGCAGUGUUCGCAGCUCUGUGUGCUCUGUACAAAAUGAUUAGUUUGCAAGCAAGUCCCCGAUGCACAUUUUUUGGAGUCUCUGUUGGCUGACAGACGUGCCUCUCUCAAAGUAGGGUCCAUUUAAAGACAGUGUCUACCCUGCUCUAAUAAUUCCCCACCAGUUGUUCCUCUAAAAAUGCUUCUAUGUUGCUGUUCAUUGGGUUGCACUUAGUUAAAGAAGACUUGUCCAAGAUGAGAGGAACUUUUUAAAGGAUCUCUUCAUAUACUCAGUUUACUUAUUUGCAGGUGUUCCAUUAAUUUUAUAUGUGAAUGCUUUAAAUAUAAUUGUUUUGUGCCUUUCUACUGUCAGAAUAGGAUGAACUGAAACAUAGUUGAAAUUUAUUUUAGUGGUGCAGACUCACCAUCCAUAUAAUAGAUGAAAAACAUUUUUAAAAAUAUUGGUUUCUGUUUAAACCACAAAGAUUUCCCAGAAGCACUUGCACUUGAGAGGGUACAGGUGCAGGAGAGAAUCACUCCAGGGGAUUCUGGAAGUAGACAUGAGGGACAGUGUGAAAUCAGGAGGAGGGUGGCCCCACACUGCAAUAGGAGGGAGCUGGGUUAACACCCCUCUCUUCUGUUCAGAGUGUGUGACUGGAGGUGAGAAGUCCUUUUGUAACCCGUAAUUAUCCCAAUUUGCUGAGUCACUUGGGAGAAAACAAAAUGUUGCAGCUCAGUCUGAAUGAAAAAGCUUGUAAUUGCUUUUCACAGAAAUGAGCAAUAGUUUCUAUGGCAAAAUAGUGUCAUUUGCUCAUGAAAGAAUAGCAUAUAAAGUAACACAAUUAAACAUGAUAGAAAAGAAAAAACACAGGGUAAAGAAGGAAAAUAGCUUGACAGCAGUCGAUUUCACCAACACACGGUAAGGAUUAGCAGUGCUUCUGGCUGGAAAGCUUCCUUAUUCUAUACGUAUGUAUAUAGUUUUUGAACUACAAAACUUUCAGUCCUUCCAGGGUCAGUGACACUGGAAUAAAAAGAAGGGUUUACUAAACACUGCCCUUUUUCAGUUGGUUAACGGUUCGGUGUGGUGGUUAUAGCUGGGUCGGUGAUGCCGUAAAACAUCAGGUCUCGUCGAUUUUUAUUGCAGUUUCUAAACAGACUGUUUCCUACACGCUACUUGCAA